AUGGAUUUAAAACCAAAGAGGACAAGUGUUGCGGACAAUGCUGACGCCGGGGACGAUUUGCUCCUUGCAAAUGGGGAUGAUGUUGCUCCUCUUGUUAGGCAUGCAUUUCAAACCGGGCGACCAGAGGGGCUUCUUCGUCAGAUGAGUUUUGUGGUUAAGGAAAAGGAAGCCGAAAUCGAGGAGACGUGCAAGACUCACUACGAGGAAUUCAUCCUUGCAGUUGAUGAGCUUCGUGGCGUGUUGUUUGAUGCCCAAGAGUUGAAGAGUCAGCUCCACGGUGACAAUUUUAAGUUACAGCAGGUUGGGAGUGCCCUUCUUGUCAAGCUUGAAGAGCUUCUUGAGUGUUAUUCUGUUAAGAAGAAUGUGGCGGAAGCUGUAAAUAUGUCUAAGAACUGUGUACAGGUGUUAGAGCUUUGUGUCAACUGUAACAGUCAAAUUUCUGAGGGUCAGUUUUAUUCUGCAUUGAAAACUGUGGAUGUACUUGAGAAAAAUUACCUGCACAACAUUCCUCUAAAGGCUCUCAAAAUGGUUCUAGAGAGGAGAAUUCCUGUGAUAAAAUCGUACGUUGAGAAGAACAUUUGCGGUCAAGUGAACGAAUGGAUGGUUCAGAUAAGGAGCUCGGCUAGAAAUAUCGGGCAAACAGCCAUUGGCCGUACUGCAACAGUUCGCCAAAAGGAUGAGGAAAUGCUAGAACAGCAGAGAAAGGCGGAGGAGCAAUGCAUUUCAGGAGUAGGGAAUCUAGCUUAUACUUUGGAUGACGAAGAAUUAGACGAAGAUCCUGUUAUCAAGUUCGACCUUACACCUCUUUAUCGUGCUUGUCAUAUUCAUGAUUUUCUAGGAAUCCGGGAGAAGUUUCGUGAGUACUAUUAUACUAAUAGAUUGUUGCAAUUGAAUUCGGACCUUGAAAUGUCUUCCGCACAACCUUUUGUCGAAUCAUACCAGACAUUUUUUGCUCAAAUUGCUGGAUUCUUUAUAGUUGAGGAUAGAGUCCUCAGAACUGCUGGGGUCCUCCUGGUAGCUGAUCAAGUUGAAACAAUGUGGGAGACGGCUGUGGCUAAAACGACAUCUCUGUUAGAGGAGCAGUUCUCCUCUAUGGAGUCUGCCACACAUCUUCUCCUGGUGAAGGAUUAUGUGACUCUGUUUGGAUCUACUCUUAGACAAUAUGGACAUGACAUUGGCACACUUCUUGAUGUGCUUGAUAGCAGCCAUAACAAGUACCACCAGCUUCUCUUGGAAGAAUGCCGACAACAAACUGUUGAGGUUCUUGGCAAUGGUUCAUAUGACCAAAUGUUAAUAAAAAAGGAAAGUGACUAUGAGAAUGUUGUUCUUUCAUUUAAUCUUCAAACAUCUGAAACUAUGCCUGCUUUUCCAUAUGUUGCACCAUUCUCCUCCAUGGUUCCUGAUGUAUGUCGCAUUGUGAGAUCAUUUAUCAAAGGCUCUAUUGAUUACUUGUCUCAUGGUAUUGGUAUGCAUAUGCAUGUCUUUGAUGUUGUGAGGAAGUAUUUGGACAACUUCCUGAUUGACAUAUUAAAUGCAACAAUACUUGAUACAAUCAAUAGUGGCAACAUCGGUGUACCUCAAGUUAUGCAGAUUGCUACAAACAUAGCUGUCCUUGAAAGAGCCUGUGAUUUUUUCCUUCGACAUGCAGCCCAACUAUGCGGCAUCCCUUGCCGACCAGUUGAAAUGGCUCAAGAAGCUUUAAGUGCAAAGGCGGCGUUGAAGACAUCGAGGGAUGCAGCUUAUGUUGCUCUACUGACCAUGGUAAACAAAGAAAUAGACAAGUUAAUGACUCUUACUGUUGAUGUUAAUUGGACUCCCGAGGAGACAAAUCAGAAUGGAAAUGACUACAUACAUGAAGUGAUCAUUUACCUUCACUCUAUUUUGACCCCAGCACAACAAAUUUUACCCCUGGAUACCAUGUACAAAGUUGGGAGUGGUGUUUUUGAGCAUAUUUCUAAUGUGAUAGUAGCUGCUUUCUCUAAUGAUGGCGUGAAAAGGUUUAAUACAAAUGCAGUUAUAAAUAUCGAGUAUGAUCUUCAGAUCAUAGAGAAUUUUGCAGAUGAAAGGUUCUAUUCUGCUGGUCUGGGUGAAAUUUACAAUGAGGGUAGUUUUAAGAAUUGCUUGGUAGAAGCAAGGCAAUUGAUUAAUCUUUUGCUAAGUAGUCAAGCUGAGAACUUCAUGAAUCCUGUUAUAAGGGAGAAAAGCUACUAUGCAUUGGAUUACAAGAAGGUGUCUGCCAUCUGUGAUAAAUUCAAGGAUUCACCAGAUGGAAUAUUUGGAAGCCUUGCUAAUAAAAAUGCCAAGCAAAGUGCAAAAAAAAAAUCAAUGGACGUGCUCAAAAAGCGCCUUAAGGAUUUCAGUUGA